AUGUCUAAAAGAAUGUCAUCCGCAAAAGACAGAGGAAUUUAUGAUGAUUACAAUAAUCGUUCCACCAGCUGUAGUACAGAGAAACCAGCUGAUGGUAACCGAGAUACUCCAGAAGUCAAUGCAUCAAUGAAUUAUACAAACGUUGAAGCUGCUUGGUUUAAUGAAAAUAUUAUAAAUGUUCUUGCAAAUAUUAAUACGGAUUACUCUAAUACUUGCAAAAGACUUGAAGAUGUGCGAAACUCAUUUACAAAGUCAGUUGAAAUAUUCAAUAAAUUGAAUAACGUUGUUAACAAGCUAAGUACUUCGACUACAAAGACCACUUCACAUAAUGAAGGAAAAAAUACUGAGAUACAAAUCGAAGAGUUAGGAGACAACAAAGGUGAUAAGACUAAUGAAAAUAAUGAUCAUGAUGAUGAAGAAGAUGAUAUAUCAAGUAGCAGCGAGGAUAGUGAUGAUAACGAAGAUUCUGAUUACAUAGUUGACAACGAUAGUACCGAAGAAGAAGAAGAAGAUUCUAAUAAUGAGAAUGACAAAUAUAAAACUCCAAAAAGGGCCCGCAAACAUGACUCUUCGUUCAUACUACCACCAGAAUACGACGCGAAUGAUGCAAGAUGGACUCUCAGGCAUCGUAAUAAUCACUCAGAGCCAGGUCUAACUGAGCUGGUACCUAACAGCGGUGUAUUUGUUAACGCAAUCAAAUUGGCGUAUUGUAAAUUGGCAGCGAAAGAUUGCAACUCAUUAGCUCGAAUGUUGCUAUUGGAGACAUAUUCUGAUAACGCUUUACGUGUUUGCUCUUUAUUAGGGGCAAAAUGUUAUACAGAUUUAGAGAAACGUUCUAAAAGUGCUAGGCCAGUUUUAGAUCAAAAUGCAAAGAUUAUUUUGUUGUCGUUCAUCAAAGAACACAGUCGUUUAAAAGGCUGGUCUCAAUUUGAUCAUCACAAUGUCAUAAGUGCCAUGACUAACAAAAUCCAGGAGAUGAGAAUUAAGUAUUUAAAAGAGAAAUAA